AUGGUCCAGGUAGCCACGCUCAGCCGGGUCCACUGUGGUCUCGUGGCGUUGGCGUUUGCGACGGUGCUUGUCGUCGGCUGCUUACUCCAUUACCAGAAAAUCGUCACCAACGCCGACUAUACCUACCCCGAUGAGUGGUUCCCCAGCGUGCUGGCGACGAUUGGCGACUGGUACCCUGAGAGAAACCUCUUCCAGAUGCUUUUGGCCGUUGCCAGUGGGCCUCGAAUUACGCUUAUCCUCGUUAAUUAUACAGUGUUCUCGCUGACUAUCUAUUUAGCGGUGGCAUUAGCCCGCACGGUGACGGCGGGAGGGUGGAUAUAUGUCACCUCCACCGAUAGCCAUAACUGGCACGACCACGCCAUGCUCGGGUACUUGCUCUUGUCCGGGGUGUACUAUGGCCUCAGCAUCCACCAGGCCCGUGUGGGGAGUCAAUCUCCCCGACCGUUGCGACGUUUAGUGAUGGCUUUUGCCGUCAACUUGGUACCCUUAGUAUGGCACUAUUAUCGUCAUAAAGUACUCCGGCUCCCUGGAGCGUACUCGUGGUAUGCGAUCUUCGAGUGGGUGGUGGUGGUUAUCGACGUCACUUUCGAUUAUUACGCCGGGAUGCUCGCCGGGCCAGACCUCAAAGUGGGCAUUCUCCCCCAAACUCCAAUCAAACAAGUGUAA